CUCACCGCGAAACAGCGACGUAAAGACUGAUCACGUGAGCGCUUCGGCCGUCGCGGAAAUAUGACCGCGUGCCCUUGGCUGAGAGGCGACGUCACCGGAAGUUGUCUUGUGUCGUUUUAUUUCAUCGACUUGCCCAUGUGCCGUUGAGUGAACCUCGUUGCCUUUCCAAGGAUGCCCCUGCACAAGUACGCACCUCGGCUAUGGGAAACGUUAAAACUUAAGAAGGGGAUACAUGCACGCUUACCCGAGCACUAUCUGCGCUCUCUGCAGGAGACAAGGUCUCCUACGCCAGUUCACUGGAAACCCCUAGGGGUUAAAUACAGACUGAAUCCCAAAACUGGUAUCCGAGAACGUGUGCAAGACGUACCAGUAGAGGUCUACUACCCCCCCGAGUCACAGAAUGGUCUGUGGGGAGGAGAAGGGUGGGUGUCAGGGUACAAGUAUGCCAACAACGAUAAGCUCUCCACUCGAUUGAAGAAAUGCUGGAGGCCUCAGUUGUUUGACAGAAACCUAUACAGUGAAAUCUUGGACCACAAGUUUCAAAUCACAGUUACUAUGCGCACCCUGGACCUUAUUGACGCAAGCUAUGGCUUUGACUUCUAUAUUCUCAAGACCCCAAAAGUUGACCUGAACUCCAAGCUUGGUAUGGACCUGAAGAGGGCAAUGCUACUCCGCCUGGCCCGCAAAGACACAGAACUCUACCCCGAAGACCCAGUUCGCAGAGAGAGGAUCUACAACAAGUACAAGCAGUUCGUGGUCCCUGAGGAGGAGGCUGAGUGGGUCGGUCUGACUUUGGAGGAGGCCGUGGAGAAGCAGCGGCUUCUGGAACACAAGGAACCAACACCGCUGUUCCUCAAGUGUGUGGAUGAUAUUGUGCAUGAAUUUUCUGUUCAGAAGCUGUCUGAACCUAAGGUGGUUGAGAAGUAAUAAAGGCCCGGGACAGUGUGGCUAGGUCAUCCAGCAAGGAAUCUUCAUUUCUUCUUUUGGUCCACCAUUUACAGCUGAAUUUACUGGCACAUGCCAUUGAACAUUUCUUCAAUGGAUCUUUUAUUUAUAUAAAACAAAUAAACUGCUUCUCAUUCUGUCAGUGGCUAAGUGCCUAAUGCUUUGUGAUGCUGAAACCGUCUUGGGAUGUGGUGAUUCAAAAUCAUCAAGCCUAUUGGGACACUGACCACUUUUAAAGUUGUAUUUUUUUUUUAGUUAAAUGAACACCAUUCGUGAAGGUUAUGAGUGCUGACUGUUGUCUGUCUUUUUGUUCCGUGCCGUUCUGAUACCGAUGUUCUGUCCACCACCACCUGUACAUUCAGUGUGGGUUUGGUUUAAACCAGUUCAUUCAAAAGUUUGACCCUAAACCGACCCAUAAAGUCUAUUGUUACAAUGAAAUUGUUCAAAUAAUUCUAAAUUAAAAAAAAUAUAUUGUAGUUGUACAGUGUAGAUGUUUAUGUAAUUUUAAUCCUUACUGCAGCAAGAAAGUAAAUUUGACAGAUAUUUCA